AUGCGUUGUGUGUGACAGAGUGUAUACACAAGGGAGGAGGGAACCAAUCCUCCCAAACUCCUACACAAGCGCCUCCAACACCUAAUCAUUAAAACACACACACCCUAUCUCCACGGAUACUAAACGUAUACACAACACCGCGUCCAUCAUAGCCUCGAAACUUCGGGCUUGAACAUCAUCACACACCACGCGUUUUUCCGUGGAAUGAGCAUUCCAUGCAGCAUCUUAGGUAUGAAUGACGUGGCCUGGCAGGAGACGCGAGGCGGGAUGCUGCACACAAAUGGUGUGCCAGAGACCGGAGGGGUCAGAGUCCGUGCAGGGUGUUCUCUAGCCACAGUAGGAGGUGCUGGGCAGGGACCUGGAGGAGCUCACCCUCUGCCAGGUAUGGAGCGGGUGGCAAAUCCCAACCCCGGCACCCCUCAGCCUCCACUGAGUGGUCGUUCCCAAGAUGAUGCCACUGUGGGCUAUUGUUUUCAAAGGAAGCCUGGGGAGCAGUUAGCAGUUGCUUGCACUGCAAGCAAACACCGCUGGCCCACUGGUGAUGGAAACCAUGUUGACCAGGUGCGCACUGUGGAUGAGAUGAAUUAUGACUUUCAAGCCUUGGCUCUGGAGUCUCGUGGAAUGGGUGAGCUUCUUCCUGCGAAAAAAUUGUGGGAAUCAGAUGAAUUAGCAAAAGAUGGACGCAAAGGGAUGUUGCUGGGUGAAGAAUGGAGAGAAAAUGCCUGGGGUGCUUCCCAUCAUUCUGUUUCUCAGCCCAUUAUGGUGCAAAGGCGACCAGGCCAGAGCUACAACGGGAACGGAGAUGCAAGCUCUGUACUGUCCCCUCGCUCAGAGGGGGGUGGUCUGGGUGUGAGUAUGGUGGAGUAUGUCCUCAGUUCUUCCCCUGGAGACAAGAUGGAUGGUCGCUACAGAAACGGAGGCUAUGGUGGAGCAGAUGCAGAUCCAGAUGGCAGGGAGAAAGGUGAUUCAAAAGAAAAGGCUUCUCCAUUUGAAGAAGACAAAAGUCCUGAGAUGCAAGUCGGAGAUGAAGGGGAUGCCUCAAAAGCAAAUUCCAGGGGAUUGCUGAAUGGGAUGGAUCGCGACUGUAAAGACUUCAAGUAUGAUGGUUCUUUUGCUCAUUAAACUUGUAACAGUAUUAAC